AAUUAUUUUUUAAAAAUGUCGAAAGCUAGAUUUCCCCAAAUGCGUCUCCUUAAGAGCUUGACGCAUUUAGCUAAUGCCAAGCCGUCAGUAAACCGAACCAUAUUUGAUGUUCAGAGCAUUAAAGAAUUUGAGAAGAAGGUGAAACGUAGUCAGAAGCCUGUCGUUGUUGACUUUCAUGCCAGCUGGUGCACACCCUGUAAGGCACUUGCCCCCCGCCUCGAGAAUAUUGUGAAUGAACAGAGGGGACGGGUGCAUCUGGCCCGGGUUGAUAUCGACGAAUUGACAGAUCUGGCUUUGGAUUACGACGUGGGUUCAGUACCAUCGCUAUUGGUAAUGCAUAAUGGUAGAGUACUAAAUCGCAUGGAGGGACUGCAGAGCUCUGAGAGCCUACGAAGCUGGCUAAAUAACGUCAUGAGACGCAGUAAUGAGUGCUAGACAGAUACACGUUUUAUUUUUGAAGACAUUCGUAUAAAAGUUUGAUUAAAAAAUAAAUUGUUUAUCAACG